GGUAGGGGGAAGGGGAGGUUGUAGGUGGAAAGAGAGACACAAAGAUAAAAACAGAUAUGAGUCAAGCAGGCAAUCUAUUUAUUAAGUGCCUACUAUGAGUCAGGCAUGGUGCUACUAGUGCAGAGGAUAUCAAAAGAGGCAAGAGUGCACCAUGGAGGAGCUCAGGUUCAAAUGGGAUUAAAGAAGUAAAUAUGUACAAGCGAAGAAAGCUAUAUUCAGGAUAAAUGGAAACUAAUUAAAAGAGUGCAGGCAUUAAACUUAUGAAGGGUUAGGAAUUGGCUUCCUGUAGACUAGGGGUUUAGGGGGUGAGGGGAAGUAGGAGGGAGGAAGGGAUAUGCAGACCGAGAGAAGGACACGCAGAGACAGACGCGGCGGAGGAGCGGAAAUGAGAGGAGACUUGAAAGGGUGACAGUAAGUUAGUCCGAGAUUGAAACAGACGAGGAAAAAAAAUGGAGUCGGGAACUGAAGUCGCUUCCUCUCUCCCCAGUCAGCUAAAACGGAAAUCAUAGAGAUGCCUAAACCUCCCAAGGUUCCUAGAGAAAGUCUCCGGAAGUGCUCUCUAGGGGUCGGCUGCUUGUGAUCCACUCCCGGGUGCGGCCAUAGGUGUAUUAAGGCCUCUUUUUGGCUCUGGGUUCUCUUUUGGGAACGGUUUCCCGGCCAGUCACCUUCCCUUCUCCCGCUCUGCCCUUUACCGCCUUCACGCAAUUCCGGCUGGGAAUUCACGAAACAACACCUUGAGAGAAGAGAAUUUCAAGAAGAUCUUUCCUGUGAAAAGAACCCAAUUAAAGAGCUUACUUUACUUUCUCCCAAGCUCUUCCAGCUCCAGAUGGCUGUAGAAUCAAGGGAGACAGUAGGCCUAUCUCCUCUGGUCCAGGCUCCAGAGGAAGGUCUUGUAAUAGUAAAAGUAGAGGAGGAAGACCACAACUGGGACCAGGAAUCCAGCUUCCAUGAGCCUAACCCUCAGGGCCAGGAGGUCUUCCGCCAGCGCUUCAGACAGUUCUGCUACAGGGAGACACUAGGGCCCCGUGAAGCUUUGAUCCAGCUUCGAGCCCUUUGCCAUCAGUGGUUAAGACCAGAUUUGCACACAAAGGAGCAGAUCCUGGAACUGCUGGUGCUAGAGCAGUUCCUGUCCAUCCUGCCUGGGGAACUUCAGACCUUGGUGCAGGAACAUCAUCUAGAGAGUGGAGAGGAGGUGGUAACUGUUUUGGAGGAUUUGGAGAGACAUAUUAAUAUACUAGGACAAGAGGUGCCAGCUCAUGCCAGUGGAAUGCCCUGGGAAGAGAGAACAAAUCUGGGAAUGGCACAGGAGCCAACAAAUAUUCAGCCACAGCCUAUGGGACUCAAGUGUGACUCUUCAGAUCCCCAGAUUCUGCAGGAAAGAGUUUUGCCCAUUUCCCAGGCUCCUGCUUCAUCUCAGAAGGGAAGCCCCCGAGACCAGGAGAUGGCAGCUGCACUUCUCACAGCUGGGUUCCAGACUUUGGUGAAGAUUGAGGACAUGGCAGUGUCUCUUAUCCAGGAGGAGUGGGGACUUCUUGAUCCAGCACAGAAAGACCUCUGUAGUGACGGCAGGCCAGAGAAUUAUGGUCACAUGUACUCCCUGGGUGGUGAGACCAGGAGUGAGAACAGGGAUCUUACUCAAAAACAGGUAAUAUCUUCUGAAAUGGAACCAAAUGGAGAGAAAACUGCCAAACGCAUUGGGAAUAUUCCUGAGAGUAAAGAUCAUGGACAAGCUAGUGAAUAUACAGGCAGGAUAGAUCGACGGCGAGGAAACCCCCCCACAGGAGAAAGACGACAUAAAUGUGAGGAAUGUGGGAAGAGCUUUGCCCAAAGCUCGGGCCUUGUACGACACUGGAGAAUCCACACUGGGGAAAAACCAUAUCAAUGUAAUGUGUGUGGUAAAGCCUUCAGUUAUAGGUCAGCCCUUCUUUCACAUCAGGAUAUUCACAACAAAGUGAAACGCUAUCAUUGUAAAGAGUGUGGGAAAGCCUUUAGUCAGAACACAGGACUUAUUCUACAUCAGAGAAUCCACACUGGGGAAAAGCCUUAUGAGUGUAAUCAGUGUGGGAAGGCUUUUAGUCAGAGUGCAGGCCUAAUUCUACAUCAGAGAAUACACAGUGGGGAAAAACCCUAUGAAUGUAAUGAAUGUGGAAAAGCUUUUAGUCAUAGUUCUCACCUUAUUGGACAUCAGAGAAUCCACACUGGGGAGAAACCCUAUGAAUGUGAUGAGUGUGGAAAAACUUUCAGGAGGAGCUCACACCUCAUUGGUCAUCAGAGAAGCCACACUGGGGAGAAACCCUACAAAUGUGGUGAAUGUGGGAGAGCUUUCAGUCAGAAGUCAGGUCUUAUUGAACAUCAAAGAAUACAUACAGGAGAGAGACCCUAUAAAUGUAAAGAAUGUGGGAAAGCUUUCAAUGGAAACACAGGUCUUAUUCAACAUCUGAGAAUCCAUACUGGGGAGAAACCUUAUCAGUGUGGUGCAUGUGGAAAGGCCUUUAUUCAAAGGUCAAGCCUUAUUCGACAUCAGAGAAUACACAGUGCAGAAAAAUCUGAAUCCACAUAAUAUGUAUGAAAGCUUUCAGUCACAAUUCAAGCAUUAUUCAUCCAUUAGAGAAUUAGCUGCCAUUCCUCAGAGCCUAGAAGAAGAGUACUUUGCAAAAUUAGUAGGGUGCUUAAUAAAUGUUUGUUAAAUUUGAAUUGAAACUACACUGGAGAGAGUCCCUGUCAUUGUAGUAAAUGAGUGAAAAGUAAGUUAGUCACCAUUAUAAUCUUAUCUAGUAUCUAGUAUCAUAGAAUCUAUAUGGUAUAGUUACAUUAUACUACACUUCAGAGCAAGUUGGGCAAAAUUUACUUGAUAUUUUGACCCAUUAUGUAAUGGGAUUGAACUUUUAAGUUGCCUAUUUAUUCUCUGAAAUUGAAAAAUGUUUGAAUAAGCUGCUUAUUUACCACCCAAGGAAUUUAACUACCGUUCUGGCUAAGUGGCUAUGGAUUUGAAAGCUGCUACUAUUUCUUUCAUCACCACAUUUUGUCUUUCCCAUUGUUUUCCUUCAUAUUCUUUGUUGAAAUUACUGUCAUGUUUCUAAUUGGAUGUACAGUAUUUAGAUUAUCAAUGAGGCUUCAUGAAAAACUUCAAGCUUUAUAAAAUCAUAGGAAAACUUUGAAAAACACUUAAUUCUUUCAUGCUAAUAUACCUACAUUUUAUUGUAAUGCUUCUGUGAUUGUUUCCACAGUUUGUGAAUUCUUUAUUGCUAUUUGAAUUCAGAAUGCUAUAUUUUAAAACCAUACCCAAAGGGUCUUUUCUUUUUGUCAUGUCAUUUUGUUGACUCCUUUGGAUACACAGACAUAUUAUGUCCAUUACUUUUGAUGAAGUUAUCAAAGAAAGUGAAAUCAAAGUAAUAAUGAUAAGAGUAAUAUAGAAAAAUAGGUGAGUUGAAAUCUUUGCCUAGUUUUUUGGUAAAUGUUCAGAUAACUGUAUGUUAUACAGUACCAUCCACCUAUUCUAAACUUGGGACAGACCCAUGCCAUACAACCUUCCGAAUGCUACAGAUUGGGAAAAAACAGAGGCUAAGAUAAAAUAUAUCUAAAGAAUAUACAUUUCUUCUGAUCAUUAUUUUCCUCUCUCAUGUUCUAAUCAACCUCCACAGAUGUUGAUGUACAGCUGGUACAUAUUAUUUCUUUUUGCUUUAUUUCUAGCUAUUAGCUUCAGUGACUUCAGUAUCUCUUUUGAAAAUCCACAUAUAACCUCAGUUUUAAAGAUCCAUUCUUAGGACUGUAUUGAUCUCCAUCUUUACUCUGUUAGUCCGACUGACCACCAGGGUCACUGCUCUAUCUCUGAGGUUUUCAGGAUAUGAGGUGUGAAUUGAUGAGAUUGAUUUAUAAAUUACCAUACUGGAACUCAGGAAGUCUUUCUUAUACUUUCCUUAAGAUUUCUUUGGAACUUAUUAUUUGUAGUUAGCUUUAGAGUCAAUUUAAAAGUCAUGCUAGAAACUCAUGCAUAUUACUUUUUUUUCCCUAAAACUAUUUUCCAAUUUGAUAAUCUCUUCAUUAGUAGCUUGGAUACAGACUCCUCUGGGUUGUUUUUAAAAACCAGAUACCAUCAGUCCUUUAAAAGAGCAAAGAUUUUCUACCUGUGAAGAUAUUAAAAAGCAUGUAAUAGGGCAUCUGAACAUAAUUUCAAAGGAAUCCCAAGAAUGCUUUGAGUAUUUAUUUUAUUGGAAUGAUUAUAAGAUCUCCUAAUGUAAUUCCUUUAAAAGAAUAGCAGCCAUUUGGAGAUAUGAGAAAGGUAAUAUCGAAUAGUGCAUCGAAUGCUGGACUUGGAGCAGGAAAACUUAGCUUCAAACCUUGCUUCUGACAAUAACUUUGUGAUACUGAUUAAUUAUAUGUGGCUUAAUCAGUUCUCUAGAACUUACCUGUUACAUCAAAGAUGGGUUGUAAUCUGUGGUAGUGGAAGGGAGUUCCCUAUUUAAGCUGACAAAAUUAGAUUCUUAUGUAUGUUUUUAUUAAUCUUAUUUUAUAGGUUAUCUGUUAUAACAAAUCACGUUCCUUCUUCUCCGUCUGCCUCUCCCCACUAAAAUCUCCUAAUAACAUCUUUAAGGAACACCCUUCCUUAAUUAAAUUUUCCCUUACCAAACUGUUUGAAUAUUAGAUUCAAUCUUUCAACUUAUUGGUUGUUUUUGUUACACUGGUUCUUCUCCAUUAUUUACCUAGUACUUCAUUGUCAAAUGCUUUAGCCUUUCUUCAUUCCCCAUUUCACUUCUCUUAGUCAAUUGUCUUACUCCCAGAGUACUUAGUCCCAGAGUAAGCUGAUUUUGAGCCAGAUAAUACCAUAGAAAACUCCUUUUGGACAUUUACCUGUUAAUUAAUGAUUUAGAAAAUCCCAUAACCAAGCCAUCUUAACCUACUAUAGAUUCUUCUUCAUAGUUUUUUUAAGAUAAAGAUUUUGCUUAGGAAAUGUUUUGUGGAUACACAUGUAACCUUAUUCUAAGGAACCUUAGGAUGAAAUUUCUGAUGGACAGUAAAAACAUCUGUGAUGCGGGCUCUAUCAUGUCUCUCAUCUUUCCCCUUUUCAUUUAUUCAGGAGACAUUCAAUUAUGCACCUUCUGUAAGGAGAGCUCUUUACUAGGUUCUAGGGGAUUUCAAAAAAGUUUAGAAAACAUUACCUGCCUUCAUGGAGUUUACAUUCUAAAAUGAUGUCAUUAUAGUUAUGGAAUCUCAGAGCUGGAAAAGAUCCAGGGUCAUUUUCUUCAAUCUAUUCUUGACCAAAAGUGCUUUUUAAAAAAUCUCCAACAAGUGAUUAUACAGUCUGUAUUUGAUAUCCAGUAGUAAUCUACCUCCUUAGACAGGCAUUCAGUUUUUAGAUAGGUUUAAUUGGUAGGAAGUUUUUUCUUCUUGCAAGCCUAAAUCUGCAGAUUCUACAUUGCUGUAGUUCUUUCCACUCUGACCAAAUAGAAAAUAUCUAAUGACUGCUACCUAACAGCCCUUCAGAUAUUUGAAGAUAAUUAUCUUGGUCUUUGAAAGAUUAGUAAUAAUGACUCAUUACUCAUACCUGGUAUUUUUUUUUCCAGUGUUUUUGAUGUGUAUUUGGAACAGAUGACAUGAAGUCAGAGCAUCCAGGAACUUUCUAAUUGUAUUCUUAUCUAGGAUGUUGAAACCUUUUUAGGAAUUUAGCCUUUAUUCUCCUUGGCAGAGAAAAUAGAAGCAAAAUAAGAAUUAAUUUAUCCUUUCCAUUAUUUUUCAUUAUCUGAUCCACUCUAAGAGUAUGCCUAUCCAUUCUUUGAUACUCUAACAAAGCUUAAAAAGAAUUUUGUUUCCUACCUAGCUAGUAGCUCAUUCUGAGCUUUUGUCCUCCAGAUAAUUAUACUUCAUAGCAUCAUGCCCUGUUUUUUAAUUCAUCCUAUUUUCUACCAAAGCAAGUCUACAUUUGCCUCUUUAGAGUCCUCUUACUCAUUGAAAUUAGAGUAUGUAUGUGUGUGUAUGUGUGUGUGUGUGUGUUUUCAGAAUUUUAUUCUUGAGAUCUUCUCAUCCUUUUUGGACUUAUCUUACUGAAUUUGGGCCAUGGGAUCUUUCUUAUUUCUUUGAAUCUUUGAAAAUCUGUCAAAAUCUAGACUGCAUUUUAAACUUCUUGGCUAUCUUCUUUGCUAUCAUGAAUUCUAAAAUAUUUUCCACUAUUUUUUUGUUACUAAAAAUCAAGUCUAAAAUAAUGGCAUCUUAGUUUCUCUGUGUCCUUUCUCCAUUUCAUUCUCCUUUCCUCCUCCCCUUCCAAUUACCCCAUUUAAUUCUAGAAGGAUCAAUGCCAAAUCAAGAAUUUAUUUGGGCAAUAAGAGAGUUCUAGCAGAUACAUAGAUAAUCAGAAUUCCGAAUUAUAAUAUUCUGUUCCUGUGUUGUUCUUCUUGAACUUAUUUUUUUCCUUCUGUUCAAAAAAGUUAUAAUAUGCUCUUUUUAAAAAAAAUUUAUAAUAACUUUUUAUUGACAUAUAAUAUACUCUUGUUGGAAUUCCUGGGAGCUUUUGAAAUACACAGGAGCCACCUGACAGUGACUGCUGGAGAUCCAACCCAGACCUGUGGAAUGGAUCUUCUCUUGUGAGAGAUGAGACAAGGAGACUGAGAGGCAGUUGCUGUUCUCUGAUCUCUGACUGAGAGGCCAUUGCAUUGUCUGGCCUCUCUCCUCGUCCCUCUGCCUCCUGUUUAUCUAAUUCUCAGUCUAUAACACCUGUGUAAGCAAAGACUGCCUUGCAACUCCUUCAGUUGUUAUGAUCCACAGCUAUGGAGGCUCUCAGAGAAUUGACCUGUCCCUUAACAUACUUUCAUGACAGGAAUGCCACUGUUCCUCCCUCUGCUCACCACCCACAUGCUCUCAAACUUUCCUCCUCUGAUUUCUGGAAUUCCUCAUACAAGUAUAGCUUCUUCAUAUAUAAUGCUACUCUUUUAAUUUUAAUUUUUCUCUUUUUUCAAGUAAGGUAUUAUAGAACUGUAGUCCAAAUGUAAUUCUCAGGCCGCAAAAUCUUUCAUUAGGAUUUUUAGUUGACUUUGUUAUUAUCCUUACCUUGAGACCAUGGGUUUUAUUACUUAAAUUAACAUCCUGUGAAUUAUUCUUCUUGUGAUAUUGUUGCUUCUCUUUCUUGUAUUUUGCUUUGUAAAAGAACUUAAGCAGUGCUCUCUCUUUUUGUUUUUAGUUUAAAGUCAGUUCUCUUCUACUCAACCACCAACACUUUUAGGAGCAACUGCUUUUCCAAAACCAUUUUUUUUAUUACAGCAUAAUACUUUGGAACUGUAGUUAUAGAUUACUCAUUUUAUAAAUGAAGAAUCUGAGAUCCACAAAGGUUAAGUGCCUUUCCACCUAACAAAAAUUACAUUUCUCUGCUUUGCUUUUAGAGUAAGUUUUGGGUCUUUGUAGAAAUAGGGUGAAAAAACAAGUUUUUGUCAUUUUGUGUUAGUCCAUUAAGGGGAAAUAUGCAGAGCAUAAAAUAACUGCAAAUAGGAGAUGGAAUUUAGGAUGGUAACUGAAAAAAAUAAAGCAGUUACCUUAAAGCAUCUAAUGCUUCUAUCUGUUAAGGGGAAGUGAGAUAUGUUGAGCAGAAUGAUUGAAGGAGGAGAAUUUGUACCUCAACAAGGAGAUGGGAAAAAAAAAGCAUAGGAAAAAAGUCUAGCUUACCCACUAAGUGAAAUAUGAAGAACUUUUUCUUAAUCGGGAUACUUCUUCCAUCUACAGUCCUGUUUCCCUUCUACUCUUCCUGGAAUGAAGAAAACCAGCACUUAUAAAUGCCUUCUAUAGGCUAGAUAUUGUGCUUUACAAGUAUCUUAGUUGAUCUUCACAGCAGCUUUGGGAGGUAGGUGCCAUUAUUAUUCCUGUUUUACAGUUGAAGACAUUGAGUUGCUCAGAGGUUAAGUGAAUUGCUCAGUAAAAGUCUAUAGCCAUAUUAGAAAACAAAUCUUCUUUACUCCAGUCUCAAUAAUUUUUCUGUUGUCACUAAUUGUAUCCUAAUUUCUCACAUUGGUAAAAACCCCAUUUUUGGUGACUCUAGCUCCUCAAAUGAGUUAUAUGUUCUUCUUUGCAUUUUCUUACUAAAUUCUUAAAUUAUAACUUAGCUUCUCCUCUCACCAUGUAGAUAUAGUCAUUGUUUCUUUCCCUUUCCUUCCCUCAUUACCUUGUGCAGCAUCCUUUGAACUUAUUAAUACCUCAGUCUUGUAAUUCUUUUGAACUUCUCCUUUAUCCAGUGCCACACACUUAACCUUCUUAUUUAGUAAUAUGUCUCAGAUCUCAUUUUAAUUUCCACAGCCACGCCUCCCAUCAAACUGGCCCAUUGUCACAUGUAUGAAUUAUUUCAGUUAUUUGGUUUUGUUCUCCCCAUCUCUUAAAGUCCUCCUCUACUGUCUUCUGCACAUAUUAAAUAUUAUUUUCAUGGCAUAUUUCCCCUCAAGAAGCUAUAGGGAUUCCUUAUAAUCUAAACUUAGUUUGCCUUUUCAAGUUCUCUAUCAGUUAGUUGUUCAAAAGUAGCUAAUCUAAUCUUUUAGCUAGUUCAAAUUUUUUAGCUAGUUCAAAUCAUCAUCUAUAUAUUCAUUUGCCUUUUUAAAAAGUAUUACUUUGUUGAUCCUGUUUUCCUUGCUUAGGAAUUGCUCUAACUUAAAAUCAUUCCACGUCCAUUAUUUAUGGCACUCAAAUCACCUAUUCUCAGCUUUCUUUAACUAAUCUCACAUUACUUACACUGAUCACUAAUAGUUUAUAUUUUAUUAUUUUGUACUUCCUAAAUGAUAACAGUUAGCUAGUACCAUAGAUUCAUUUUGUAUGUGUUUUCUUACAGUUAGAUUGUAAGCUCUUUGUGGGCAAGGGACAGUAUCUUUUACUUUUGUAUCCUAUAGUGCCUAGUACAGUGCUGAGUACAUGGUAGGAAUUUAACAAAUGCUUAUUGAAUUAAAAUAUAUAUUCACUAUAUGAAUUAUCUGCAAUGAAUUUUUAAGUUUCCUUCCUACUCCACAUUAGUUCUGGGAUAGCACUUCCUGCCACUUAUUGUGUGUUUAGGAAGUACAUACAGGCUAAUUUUUUUAAAGAUGUGGCUGCAUGAGACCAUAUCCAUUAUUACUAAUACAACCAAAUAAUCAGCCAGUCUAGGAAAGCAAAGAUUAAAAAGAUUUAAAAUCAUAAGCUUCCUACCUGUAAAGAAUUUAUCUACCCUCUAAGAUUAUUUGGGGGUUAAGAAAUGAUUUCUUUAAUCCCUCAGUAAUUGCUUGUCCACUUCUGCUUAAAUUAGGAAUGCCAAGGGACUUGGGAAUGUAGAAUUGUUAGGUCUUAGGCUAGAUGUAUACAAAACAAGUGAAAAGAAAAAUAGAAUCAUUUGUGAUUUGCUCUUAGAAAAAGUACAUAUACUUGGUUUUAAUGGUGUAUUACAUAUGCAUGUGGUCUGUAAGAUUUUAAGAGUGAACAGUCCUUUGUUUGGGUUCACUCAGUAAUAUGUAUGUUAAGAUCACAAUGGAAUUAGUUAUAAUAAACUUGAUUUUUCUUUUAUCCGGAAGUAUCUUUCAGCCCUAAGUCUGUCUAAUAUUACCUAUAUCUCAGGUGUACCUCAUUGCAUAAAUGAGAUAAGCUUUUGGUUAAACCAUCAAAACCAGUGUUUAUCUUGAUUUUCACCCUAAUGGUUUAUUACCUAUUACCUAAUGGUCAGUGACAUAGUGUUGUGUUCUUUUUCUUCUUUAAAAUAAUAUAAAGGUUUUCUCUGGGAGAGAGAGCAGGUUUCUCAGGGAGGUUUUCUGGAGGCAGCCUUAGUUUCAUUUAAGAGUAAAUAAUUACCCAAAACACAGCCAGGUGAUAAAAGUUCAGAUCUUUUAUUGUCUCUAAUAUAGCCCGGUUAGCUUAGAGGCCUAUCUUUCUAUUUGGUUCCAAGAACUCCCUCCGAAUGUCUCCAAAUCCAAAGGUUUUGUCCUUCAGCCUCUGCCUCUGCUUUCUUCAGCCUCCAGCCAGCACAAAGAUGGAAUGAAUCUCUUGUCUCCUUCACUUGGGGCUCGGCUAGCUUUCUGGCGAGUCUUUCAGACCAGCUUGGUCUCAGUGGGGGAAGUGCAGGAGCUCAGCCACCACAGUGAUGUGAGAUGAAGAUGAAUCUGGUUGUGCCUCUGAGAGAGCCUUCUCAAUCUUCAGUUCCACUUCCCCUCCCCCCAGAGCCUCUGUUUUAUAUGAGAGAGAGGAAUUGUGAGAUAUGAGAGAGAGGGAUUAUGGGUUUCUUUCCAAAGUGCUCUCUGGCCCUAAGAGCUUUAAGGUAGGUGUGAAUUCAGAUAUCUCAUACUAAACCCUGAAAUCUCCCAAAUGUGUGAAUUCCAAUGAGUAAAGGUGUGAACAUAAACAUUGUAUCAAUUAGUUCUACUUAGUACCUUGUUUCAGGUUCUGGCCAGAUAAGGUUCAUAAUCUAUCAAUUCUAAUAAGUUAGCAGUUUGAUAGAGAUUCCAACAACAUAGGGUGUUCCUCAUGCUCUUUACUCUGACUACCAAAAUGAAGGUUGACUUAGGCUAAGGAUCAGGAAUCCCUCCUCACAGUUUGCUUCAGUAGAAUGAGUCUGAUUGGUGGCAUUUAGAAGUUGGAGUUGUAUCUUCCAACUCAGCAAAGGAAUAGAUAUUUCUAAGUAACAUCCAUUUAAAUCUAACACCCAUUUUUACUUUAUUUUCUUUCAGCCAUAAUUAGGAAGGAAAAUCUUUAGGAAAAAAAUAUUAAAUGUUAUAAGAAUUAAUGCUAUAAAAUAUUUCGUUCCUUUUCCAGAAUCACAGAAUCUAAGAGUUUAAAGGAGGAAAUAGAAAAUACCUAAGAUAAUUACACAAUUAACCAAAAAUUUCCUUUACGGUUUCCCAGUACUUGCUCAUCCAGAUUCUGUUUGGAAACAUACAGUGAUGGCAAACUCCUUAUCUCCUAUGGACUCCCAUUUUAGUUUUGGAAAACUCUGUUAAGAAAUUUUAUUUAUGUCAAGUUUAAGCUGCCUUCUUCAGUCUUCCAGCCAUUUAUCCUAAGACUACUCUUUAAGAUUAAGCAAUACAAUUCUAAUUUCUCUUCUGUAUAGCUCUUCGAGGGCUUAUUUCACCCUUAAGACUUCUCUCUGCCUUGGAUAAAUACCAAAUCCUUCAUCUGGUCCUCAAAUGGAAUGAAGUCCCUAAUUAGUCAAAUUUUUACUCCUUUUAAUGCACCUCCAAUUUACAGUCCCUCUUACAAUGGGAUACCUAGAAUUAGACACAGUAUCCCAGAAAUAGUUCUGACCAGAGCAGAAUACAAUGAAACUAUCAAUUCCCAAAUUCUAGAUAUUAUAUCAGUACAGGUUAAAAUCAUGUUUUGUUACACUGUGGACUUAUAUUGAUCUUUGUAGUUCCCUGCAGUUCACCUCAGGCAUUUUCAUAAAUUGCUGCUUAGUCAUACCUCCAUUUUAUACUUAAAUCUAUUUUAAAGAUUUAUUUCUUUUAGAUUUGAACCAUAAUUAUUGCUUGUUAAUAUUAUUGGGGAUUCUGAUUCUUAUCCAUUAUUAUUUGUCUUUGUUAGUUGUCUCUGCCAGAUUAAUCACACACAAAUCUAAUAGGCAUUUCAGUAACUAGAUACAGCAAUGGUAUGAAGACCAAGUUUCCAUUGAGUCAUCAAUGACUACACUUUGCAUCUUUAUCAUUUAAUGAGUUCUUCUUCCCCAUAAAUAGAAUACCACCUAGCCUACAUCUUUCCAUCCUUUCCACAAAGCUAGUGUGAGACUUUUGCCACAGACUUUGUCAAAACCUGGCUAAAUUAUACACACACACACACACACACACACACACACACACACACACACAGAGUAUUCUCCUGAUCUUCCUAGUCUGGCAGACCUAUCAAAAACAAAACAAAAACAAAAACAAACCAAAAAAAAAAAACAAAAAAAAACCAAUGAGGUUAGUCAAGUAUGGUCUCUUUUUGAUGAAGCCAUCUUGGCUCUUGAUAAUUGCUACUUCAUUUUCUAGAUUAUCAUAAAUCUCUUUAAUAAUAUGAUUUAAACAUACAUUUUUGGAAUAUAGUCAAUAUAGGAAUUUCUUAAGUUGGUCUAUGAAAAUUUGUUAUGACAGUUUUCUUUUUCUUUUUUGUUCAGUGGAGUUAAGAGGAAUGGGAGGGAGAGAUCGUAAAUGUAUGUAGAAGAAUCUAUAAUUUUUCUAGGAAUCAAGUUAAUCUUACCCCACUUAGGUUUUAACUUCAAGCAUUACAGCAUUUGAGAGUUCAGAGGAUGAAAGGAAUCCCUACUGUCACAUAUCUGACAAGGAGUCAUCUAAACUUUCCUUAAAGACUUCCAAGGAGGGGAAACAUCACUCUGUAGAUAGUUCAUUCCACUUUAGGUAAACUUUGUUAGGAAAUUUUUCCUGACACAGAUAAAAAACUGAAGAUCCCUGUUACGGCCUGUCAAGAUUUUUUGGAUAUCAAUUUUGUCAUCCACUUUGCUAAUGUUGAUUACCUCUCUUUGCUUUAAUUAUGUCAGUUAAUAAGUAUCUAUACUUUAUUUGAGUUAUUGAUUUAUUUGUCAGACAGCCCAAUGCCUAGGUCAUCUCCUUAGUAUAUUCUAUCUAGAGGUCUCCUAUCAUGUUAAUGUUGAACCAUUUACAAAUUCUCUGAAUACGCCCAUCAAUUCUGUUCUUAAUCCACAUCCUCAUAAGAAUAGUGGAAGAUAUUUUUGUCAAUAAUUAUUAUAAAAUCUAAGUAAAUAAUAUUUACAGCAUCCCCCUGAUCAUUCAUUCCUAGAAUUUGUGACAGAAGAGAGGAAAUCUAGAUACAGAUUAGUUUUAAUCUUGUCAAGAACAGAAAGGAAAUAAUCUGGCAUGGCCCGUUCAUGAAAUCACCACUUCUCUUUCUGUGUUUGCCAAUUAUCUCUUAAAUGAUCUCUGGGGUUUUUUCAGAAAUUCAAGAUCACUGACCUAUAUAGUAUUCAGAUUCUGGUCACUUUCCUUUUUUUGAAAAUUGGUAUAUUUGCCCUUUUCCAGUCUUUUAGUUUGUCUUCUGUUUUCCAAACUCUUUAUCACUCACAAUGGUCCAGCAGUUACAUCUUCCAAUUCUUUCAGGACUCAUAGAUGUAGUUCAUCUGAACUAGAUAAUUUUAAUUUAUUGAAGAAAACUUUUUUCACAUUCUUUGUUUACUUUUCUUAACUCUUGUUAGGCAUUUUUGUUGUGUUAUCUUCAGGGCAAGGGCCAUCUUUCUUGUACGAGAAAAUAUAAAAAAUAAAAAUUGGAAAGCUCUAUCUUCUCUUUGUUGCCACAUAUUAUCCCAUUCAGUCCAAGUAAUCUUCCAAUAUAAUUUUUAAAAACAAUAUUAAAAACAUUAAGCAAUAAGCAACUUUUUUUGUUUUUAUCUUCCCUUAUCUGAAAUUGCUCUUUUAAAAAUUCAUGUUGAUAUUCUUUUGCUUUUUCUUUAUUUCUCUGACUCUCCUUGCCAGGGAGUUGAUUCUUACUUAGAAUUUAAUAUUUUCAUAUCUUAGAAUUUCAUUCAUCUGUCAUUGUGAAUUUAAAAUAAGGCAAGAACUGAGCUUAGAUACCAUUUAUCAAUAUAAUAUAAUACUGUUAAUACAUCAAAAUAUAACUUUCAUUUCUUAUUAUUCGUUGAAACAUAAGUGAUGAAAAAUGGUUACUCAUUCUUAGAAUUUGUGACAGCAGAGAGGAAAUCUAGAUAUAGUCUGACUUUUUUGGAAAAUAAAUUUCCUUCCUAUUCAGAGGAAAAUCUCACAAAUUAAAAUGCUCUUAAGAAAAAGUCAGUCUAGGAGGUAUGGGAGAUCCUCAGGAAUGACAUUUUUUGCCAUAUAUAGAAAAAGGAAAAAUGGGACUUGUCUGAAGAGACAGAUAUGGAUAUAAAAAAGUGAUCAGAAAACUCAGAUUUAAAAAAAAACCCAUAAUUUAAACAACAACCUCUCUUCCAGCAAAACUGAUCAAUAAUAGAAAAAGUUUGACUUUAUGUAAUGGAUACAUUCCCUCUUUUAAAAAAAAUUAUGGGAGGUCUGACACUUCCUACAAGACUAUGCCUUGAUCUUAUAUUUAUCUUCAGUUAUAUAGAUUUCUUUCUUUUUUUCUCUCCUUCUCUCUCUUACUUGCUCCCUCCCUUUCUCUCUUCCUCUCUUCCUUUCUUUUUUCAUUCCUUUCUUCCUUUCUCUUCCUUUUCCUUUUUAUUCCUUCCUCAUUUAGACUAGUCAUUUAGGGGAUGUUUGUGAAACAUUUUAUGAACCCCCUUAUGAAGAACAGAAAAUGGAUUAUUUGCUUCAUUUCCAACCUGAGCCAGUUUGCCCUUUCUUAAUCAUCUGGAGAGGGAAGCCACCCUUAUUGGUGCCAGAUGUGGUUUGAACACUCAUCACUUUACCUCACUUCAGCUCAGUUCUCCAUAUUGCAUAUAUCCCUAGCUCAGAAGAUUACUAAUCUUAAGCCGCCUCAAUAGGAUUAUAGUUAUAUGGCAUCCAUACCUGCUUUCAAGUAGUGGUAUGGAACAGAAAACAGAACACAAUGUAAUAUAAUACAGCAUAAUGCAAUAAAAAAUAGAACAAUAUAAUUUCCCUUUAGUGGAUUCCUCCACCUUUUGAAGGAUGGAAUUAUAAGAUACUAAGAUAUGCUUUUGCUUUUGCCAUAGAGAAUUUUUUUUUUUAAUUUUUAUUUAAUAAUUACUUUAUAUUGACAGAAUCCAUGCCAGGGUAAUUUUUUUUUUUACAACAUUAUCCCUUGCACUCGUUUCUGUUCCGAUUUUUUUCCCCUCCCUCCCUCCACCCCCUCCCCUAGAUGGCAAGCAGUCCUUUAUAUGUUGCCAUAGAGAAUUGCAGCAAAUAUUUGGAGCUUUUUAUUAACAGUUUUUGUUUUGUCAUUUCUAGUACAAGUCUCUUAUUUUUCCAAAGAAAACAAGUACAGUGAGUAUUUAGCAUCUUUUUGUUAUGUUCAUUAUCCCACUAAGUAUUUUUUCUUUUCCACAUACUCUAAAACUAAAACCAAGCCAAACAAAUCCUAUAACCUUUUGUUUUCAUUAGCAUUGUUUGCCAGCCUUUGCUCAUUUCAAGCAUUAGCAGUCCUGAUAUUUUUAAAGGAUUAUGCCAUGGUCUUGUAUUCACCCUCAAGUAUUAACAUAUCUUAUUUAAAUCAUGUUGAUUGAUGAAUUUCUGUGUCUUCAUAAUGGUAUCUUCACAGAAUGUCAUUUUCCCCUUUCUUUUGGGAAUAUUUUGUUAUUUUAAAAUUUUCAUUAUUAAGAUUAUCUCCCAUCCCUUCUGGGCUAACUCACCCUAAAAACUUUUAAGCUGAUAAGCUGUUUUUCUUGAAUCUUCUGAAAGCUACUUUUUCUGAAUCUAGGGUAUGUGCCAGAUGUUGAAUUUUAUACAUCACAGAUACUGAAAUUGGAGAAGUGACCACUCUAAGAAUCCCAAUUUGUUUUUUUUUUCUUGGAGAAGACCCCAGUUCAAAUCCUACCUCGGACACAAACCAUGUUAUCCUGGGCAGUCACUUCACUUUUUUCACUAAAAAAGAAAUACAAAAAAAUGAUAGUUUUUGCUCACAGGGUUGUUUGGGAGGAUCAAAGAAAGAAAGAGGAUUAUGCCGUUUUUGAAAUGCUGUGUACAUUUUGGCUGUUAUUAUUUCUAUUUCAAGACCAAUUCCCUUUCUUUGGCAGAAUUAGUUCAGGAACAGCAGUUUCCCACCUGUCUUAAUUUAACUUUCAAAAGGAUGAAAAUAUCAUUAAGAUGACCCAGACCCAGAAAUCAUUAAAUGCUUUGUUUUUGGCAGCAAGCACUUUUCCCACAGAUAUUCUCUCUCCCUACUUAAUGUAUUUAUAAAAGAUUUCUGAUUUGUUUCUAAAAGAUUAUCCAUUUCCUUCAUUUGUCCUGGUGUCUUAUAGUAUACUUCUAUAACACUAUUGCUUCUGUUUUACUCUCUGCUGAUCUUACCCAAAUGCUUUUCCAUUAAUUUCCCCAAUAUGCUUCCUGGAUUUUUUCUAAUGAGCAUAUUUCCUUAAUACACUGUUUCUCUGCCACUUUUUUUUUUUUUACCUAUUUAUCUUUUCAAUAAAUUAUAUAUCCCUUCAAAAAUAUUCCAAAAAAUAUUCCAUUCAUUAGUCCUAUUUCACAAAAUCUCAAGGAUACCUAAGGAAGUCAAAUUUCUCUAGUUUGUCUUGCCUAUUAAUCUGCGUUUUGUGCCAUGGAUUUUAUUGUGCAAAAGACUUGGAUUUUAGAUUUUUAAAGUAUUUUUGUGAUUUCUGUGGAGUAGAUAUAGUUCUCUGUGCUAUCUGGAUUGGUUGAUAGCUAUAGGAAGUUUUGUCCUUUUCCUCUUCUUUUUUUUCAACUUACAGUCCUCUUGAUUGCAAUUGCAAGAUUCUUGGCAAAAAAAAAAUUUUUUUUUACUAGUCCUUGAUUUAUUACAUCAAUGACUAAGAGUCUAUCAAAGAGCCAGCAUGAUAUGAAAGAUUGUUGGAUUUGGAGUAGGAGAAUCUGGGUUUGAAUCUGUUCUUUUUAUUAUCUGUAGGGCAAAUCUCAGCAUGAGUUUCCUUAUUUAUAAAAUAAGAUGGGGUGGACUAGAUGAAUUCGGCUCUUCUAGCCCUAAAUUUAUGAUUCCUGUGUUUUAACUUGCAAUUCAAAAAAAAAAAUUCUUUUUUAAACAUCACUACAAAACCGUCUUUCCAAAUCUACCUUUUCUUCUAAAGUUUCUGGUAUUCGUAGUAGAUAUCAUCUCUGUUCCUAACAUCUUCACUUUCAUGCUUUUUAUUGUAACUUCCUUCUCUUUUGUCUUCAUGAAUCACAAAUCUUGGGAAAUAUUCAUCUCAUAUCCCAGUUUCUUGCCUUUAAAACAGUAAUUCUCACUAUUGUCAGUUUUAUGAGUGAACAAAUAUCUGCUUUGACACUCAGGUUACAAACCUGAAUACUCAUCUUUUUUCCUUCUCAACCCUCAAGGGAUAAUCUAUCUUCCUAUGGAACCUCAUUAUCACUUAUUAGAAUGUUAGCAGUUGCUUCUUCAGAGCAUCCAUCUUAACCUGUUUUUGCAAAGAACUUAAUACUUAGUAUCAAAGUUUUCUGUAUUGUUUCUUUCUUACUGCUAUCACAUUCUUUAGCUCUCAGUGCCAUUCUGCUUUUUAGGAUCUCUUUUCUUGAAUUUUACCUUGAAGUCUAUAAGUUGCUGUUACAAGGGGGAAAAAAAUCACCUAAUGGCCAAGCCUCUCUAAACUUAAUCUGUUUGGAUUCCAGACUAUGGACAGUACAUCAUCAGGCCCUUACUCAAAACUUUUUAUGACAGAUGAUAGAGAUUGCAUUGUCAUCAGAGCUUUAAGAACCAAGAAUCCCCUCCAUCCUUUAUUGAAGCAAUAGAGUAGGGAUUUAAUGGAACUUUUAGCAUAUUGACAAAAAGUAGCUACACUUAGUCCUCUUAUUUUGAAGGUUUAUGAAGACAUGACUCCACAAAAUGAAAAUGAAAACAUUUCAGAAACUUUUGUAGUCAAAAUGGGUUUGAACUAGUACAAUGACUUUCACACAAAGAGCUACUUAAGAUAAUUUAAGAUCCUUCAUAUUUUUACUGAUUUGAAUAAAGUAAGUCAAAGCAAAGUGCAAUUUUAAACGUGUUAAGUUUUUUUUUUUCCCUCCAAAGUUCACAUCAAAGUCAUGCAAGAAAAAUGAGAGGGAAGGAGAAAAUAAUUCAAGAAUUUGACAGAUUUGACAGAUAUGUUAGCUCAGCAGUCUUUGAUUACUUGACAUCUUUUGGUGUCUGCUAUUAUUGUGAAAAAUACUGUUCACAUGAAAAGGUUCACUAUUAGUAAUUUCUUCUCAGGUGACAUGGUCCUAAUAGUAUUAAAGUCUCUGAACUGCUUUCUUGAUGAAAUCCAUAGUAAUGACACAAUCAAAUCCUUCAUAUCCAUAAAAAGGAAGCAAAAAAUGUAUCUUAUCCAGAGGCUGACAUUUUGCUGGUUGGGACCAAUUGAAUAAUCUUAAAGAACUUCUAAUGGUCAGUGAGCUAGGCCCCAAACUGAGCCAGAGGAUAAGAAGGACAUGGGGAAAUUGGGCACUGCUCUUAGUUAUCCCAAACUUCAUGCUUUCACAGAAGUUUGUGUAUUUGUAAAGUUAAGAUUCUCUUGAUUGCCACAUGGUUACAAAAUACAAAAUUUUGAAAUCCAAAUUAUUAAAUAUAACGUCUCCUUAAUAUAAGGAAAUAGCAACACAUUAUUAAGAAUGACUAGUGCAAGAAAUAACAAAAAGUGCUUAUGUGUUAUAAAAAUAUAAAUUGCUGAAGACCUCUCUGAUGGGAAAAGGUGGGAAUUGUGGGGGUGUGAGAAGCAAGAUAAGACACAGUUCUGUAUUUAUGUUGGUGAAUGAAAGGGAGAGUCAGUAUGACUACUGUGAGUAGAGAUGCCAUUUUACAGGACAAGGUCUCAUCUUUAGUCCUGCUAGCUGUCCAGAUGCUUCAGUGGAGAGAGCUCUCAGCCUGAAGCGAGGGAGAUGAGUUCAAGUCCAGCCUCAUUCACUAACCAUAUGACCUUAGACAAGUCACCUUUGUUUGCCUUACUCCAGCUGGCCCCAGUCUGAUGCUGCCACAAAUUCCAAAUCCACUAGACUCCAAUGAACAGCUUGGUCUUCAGGGUCAUGAAGAGUGGGACACAGCAGAACAAACUACCUGCUAGACUUUGGGAAAAUCACUUAGUCAUUUCAUUGCUCCAGGGUGGCUAGAGACCUGCAUUGUUCAUAUAUAUCAAAUAUCAGGAUCAGUCGCAGAGUAGAGAGGAUAAAAAAAGCACUAGAGAGCUUUCAGUCCCUUGCUCUCUUAUAAAAAAUUUAUGGGAACCCUGAAAGAAGAAUCACAUGGCAUGAGAAGGCUUAUAGUAACUUUCAUCUUCGAGUGUGGAGAUAAAAAAUCAACCACAGCAUGACAAUUUUAGAGUUCCAACCUUGAAAUACCAGUUUUAUAUGAGCUUGUUACCCUUAAAUUACUGGAUAAAAUUCCAGUAUUCAUAGGGAGAUUAAGUCAACUAACAUCUAGUAUAAUGCCUAUAACUAGGCAUUAGUGUCCCAGACACUAAAAAGUGCUGGGGAUACAAUGAAAAACUAUAUAAAGUUUCUGCCUUUUUGGAGCUUACAUUCAAAGGGUGAGAGCAAGAGGACAGACAAGUAUACAAUUAGAUACAUACAAAAUAUAUACAGCCUGACAAGGUAAUCAUCCCUGAGUGUGAAGGGGGCAAGGCAUAAAGGCCUCCUGGAGUAGGUGGGAUUUAAGCUGAGUUUUGAAGAAUAUGCAAACCAAAAAGCAUAUUAAGGUGGUAUUACAUUAUAGCUAGGUAAGGAAAUAAUAUCCAAUCAUGAAGCCUGAAGAUGGAAUGACAUGGAGGAAUAGUAAGAGGGCCCGUGUAGGUUGGAACCCAAAGUGCCUGUAGAAGAGUUAAAUGUGAAAAGAUAGGAAGAAACCCGGAAGUCUGAAAGACAAAUGAAUUUAUUAUGAUCCUGGGUGGUUUAGAUGUGCCGGUAAAUGUUUAAUAACCAAUUUAGCGGUGGAGGGUAGAGGUAUAGACACAAAUUUCAUUUUAAUAAUAUUUUCUCCAUCACAAGUCUAGACUAUCAAAAGGACAAAUAAAACUCCAGUUUGUAACUUGCAUAUUUCAGAGUUGCAAAUACUCAUACUGAAAAUUCAACGAGCGAGUGUCUCGGCUGAGAUAGAAACGGGCAAAGAAAAAAAAUAUUUUUAAAAUCAACUUUGCUUGCAAUUCGCAAAGCAAGUUGUGUUGAGCACUAUAGCAUUCAUUUACUGGAAGCAGGCACCAGAAAGAAAACGGCGGGAACCGGGGUGGGGGGCGUUGUUCCCUCCUCCCAGCCUCACGAUGGUUCAGCUUCUCCCAAUGAGCAAGCCUUUUUAUUAAACACCGAGUCUCAGACAUAAUGCUAUUCUCUGGGGAUACAAACAAAAACGAAACUGUUCCUGUCCCGGAAAAGCUGGCAUUUUAAUGCAGUACAAGCAUGUGGGCAGCCGUUUGUUUCCCCUCUCCUCUCCUGGCUGCUUAGGAAACCUAGGAAGUUAACAAGUGCAAGUGUUAGGCGGCGUUUUCUGGUUCUUCCGGACUUUAAGCCCAUAAGCUUCCAGGUUUUUGGUCCGUGGGUUCCUCGUGUAUUCGUAACUAAAGAAGCUCAACCCACGAGUCCGAAUGUACGGCGUGCCCUCUCGGACUGGAAGUGGAUAGGUAUGCCCGGAAGCAGGAGUUCGUUCAAAGCUCGAAGUCUCUUGUAGAGCGGGGCAGAGGCGUGAUCUCGCCGCACUGGAACUGCACUUCCCUGCCUUUCUUUCUGCAGGUAUGGCCGGUCUCCGGCCCUCGUAUUCGUGUGAUAUCAAGAAUAUCUAUGAAGAGCUUACUGUCCCUAAACUACAUCUGUAUAAUUCAACCUGUUGUUUUGCUCCUUUGUUCCCUCUUAUUUGUUGCAUCUAGUUAAGUAUAGAAAAGCGUUUCAUUAACGUAAGCCAGAUCAUAGAUGCCUGAUACCCUGGCCCCUAUCUGAUGCUAACAUAAAUUCUAAUAUGUAUUCAAAAAAGGCAGCAGAGAGUAAACUUUCCUUUUAUCUUUGUUUUUCUACGCAAUCUUUUUUUGUCCCAAAAUAAAUUUUCUUCCUUGCUCCAUCUUCCUAACAUUAUAGACCUAGUAGUACCCACCUUGAAGAGCUUGCCACAAUGCCAUUAUCUCAUGGUACUUAAAUGGAUAUAUGGAGCAUAAGGUGAAAAAGGACCAGCUGAAAUUUGUUCUCUUAUAUUGUCACUUUUAUACCGUUACUGUCUAAUAAAAUACUUUUGUUCUCUUUA